AACGCAAGGCGAAAGUACCAAAGAAGAAGCGGAUCCGCCGUUGACAAUCACAAGUCAAGUAGUAUUGUAAAAGCAUAGGCAACUCAAACGCCGCCAAAGAAAAUCCAAAGAAGCUGAGACUAGGGAACCAUCCCAGCUUCUUCCUGCAGGUUUCCCCCGCCCUCCAUUUCCUGCCCCCUUCCUCCUCCUCAUCUAUAUCAGACCCCCUGCCAAUGGACUCCUCCUUCCCUUUCUUCCACAAUGGCUUCUUCCAAGCGGCCCCGUCCAUGUUCCGGCGACGGCGGCGAGCUCUCCCGGCCUUGCAAGCGCUGGACAUCACUCGUCAUGCAUGUGAGGGGGAGGAGGACCAUGGGUCAGGGAGUGUUUGGCUUCAGAGGGAUCAUAGGGGAGGAGUUCAUGGCCAUGUUCCUGCCGGUUUUCAGCAACAUGGUUCAGAGAGUGGUUUCAGAGGAGGUAGAGAAAGCCAUGUUCAGACAAUUCAGUGCAGCAGCAGCGCCUCCAAGGCUAUUAGCUGGCCGGAGCCACCGUCCGAGGUAUCAGCUCAUGUUCUUGAAUGAUCUAAAACCAGUUUACACCAUGAUGAAGUUAGAAGCCAAGGAUGGAUCAGCUCUCAAGGUGGCCAUGGUUGAAAACCUCGAAAACGACCAGACGAACGUCGUCAGGUUCGGUCAUCUUUCUUCGGUUAGGGUUGAGGUUGUAGUCCUCCAUGGCAACUUCAAUGCUAAAAAAGAGGAAUGCUGGACUCCUGAGGAAUUCAGCAAGCAUAUAGUAUGGGGCCGAGAGAAAAGCGCAAAACUCCUCAACGGUGAUCUGAUGCUGAAGCUCAGUGGAGGGGAAGCUUUCCUUGGAAGUGCUAACUUCACUGAUAACUCUAGCUUCACAAGCACUAAGAAGUUCAGGCUGGGGCUGAGGCUUGUCGAUGCCUUUGGAGAGAGGGUUCUUGAAGGAAUCACUGAACCUUUCCGCGUUAAAGAGCGUAGGGUGGAGGGAUUUGAAAAGCACUAUCCACCUAAGCUGAGCGAUGAAGUUUGGCGUUUGGAAAAGAUUGGUAGGAAUGGGGCUUACCGCCAGGCCUUGUCAGACAGCGGAAUUGAUACCGUGCAGAAGUUAUUACAGUCUUAUGUAAAGGAUGAACAGAAGCUACUGAAGACUUUCACCAAGAUGUCACCAGCAGCUUGGAAAGCCAUCAUAGAACAUGCCAUGACGUGCAAAGUUGGCGAUACUCUUUACAUGCAUGAAAUUAAGGAAAGCAACAUGGAAUUUUUCUUUGAUGCCAUACUUCAGCUUGUUGGGGUGAAAUUUGGUGAUUGUUACAAGCCCUUAGAUAUGAUUCACCCAGCAGAGAAGAAUUUAGUCGAGACUCUGAAGCAAAAGGCUUAUGAGAAUAUGAAGGAUGUUCAGUAUGAUCAUAUUAUGAUCAACAACCGUCCUGUACCACUUCAUAAGUUUCAUGCAAAGGGUGCAUCUAGGUUGAGUAAUGUUCUUCAAAAUCGGCAGAUACUGAAUUAUGGUCAGCACAGUAGGUUUCAAGGAGACUUCUUGACUAGUCAGGGACUUGAAUCAAAGGAGAGAUUCUGUGCUUUCCAACAAGCAACUGAUGCUUCAGUGGAUAUGUCAAGAUUUCUGCAGGGCCAGACUUCCAAUGAUGUUAGCCAUCAAAGAGUCACCAACAAAUUUACACCAUAUGAUCCAAGCCAAGGAACUUUCUUAACUCGGCCAAGAAUCACACGGCUACAUAUACCAAAUAUUGAAAGAACAGAUUUUGGUCCAGAUGCUGCAACUUCUCCUAUUGUUCAUGACAACAUUCAGGCAGGGCAGGUUGUUAUGCAUGGUCAGCAUGGACAGAACCACUCUCAUUUCUCUGAAGAAUCAUACAAUAGCUUCUCUGUCAGUAGUUUAAUGUCUACGGAUACAGCCAUGGAUUCUAUGCAGCCUCACUCCCAGCUUACAAGCAGCAGUAAAUACUCUGAAACAUUACCUUUGCUGCUAAUUACCUCAUAUUUGAUGGUGACUUGCUUUGGAUCUAAUCAGUUCUGGAUGACAUCUGCAGGAGAGAGUUUCAGCAAGCAACCUGACCUACUGUGCAAUGGACAAACACUAUUUCAAUCUAAUCAAGUUGUUACUGGCUUUCAGCCAUCAAGAACAAACAGCUUUGACUCGGCAGAAAAUGAUCAGCUCAUACAAAGCUUCAUUUCUCAGCUUUUUAGCAGUGAAGGGGCAGCGACACCUUUGUCGCCACGUAAGUGGGUCAAGAUCAGGGCAGCAUUGAAGCUAGCAUCUGUAGGGCGACUCUCCAGGGCCUCAAGAAGGGGUCUGCAUAGUCCCCCGGGAAGGGCAAGGCUGGUACCAACAACAUGACCCUGCUGAAUAGUGUGGAUAACAAUUGUGACAGAACAAUGUGUGGAUCAAGGAUCCAUCUUGAUGUUGUACAUCAUGAUAUGGAUGAAGUAUAUAAUCUAAUAAUAUAGUUAGUUAAAAAUAGCAGUACUGCGGCAGAACAAUGUGUGGAGCUUGUGUUCUAAUCUGUUAGCAACAGUACAAUGUGUGGAGCUUGUAUUGUGAUUUGUUAGCAACAGAUAUACAAGUAAAUAUUUCUGUAA